AUUCAUUCGAUAAUGCAUCUCGAUAUCACAGUCGAUAACUCAUUCAUUACACACCUGGUACUUGACUUCGUUAUUGAAUGAGUAAUUCACGAGUUGCUGCCAAAAUGUUCACCGCCUUCCCGAUUUCGAUCCCUGCUAUUCAACCUCGUGCUAGACGUCAUAAUAUAUUAUUGGAAGAAGCUCGAAAAAAUGGUUUCAAGAAUGAAGAGUUUGGUAGAAUAGUGAGAGAACGCAAGAGCAAAAUGAAUCUAGAAAAUGAUAUAUGGAAAACAGAUGCAAUAGAUUAUGUCCCUCGAACAUCGUCUGGGUAUGUGGGAUGGCGGAGCAACCCAAACAGCUCCCUGGAGAAAUUUGGACCCCUAUACAUCAGUCCAAGGCACACUCUUCCUUACCAGCCACCAUAUAACUGCAUUAUACUCGGUUAGAUGGGAGUUAUUUAGGGGCCAUUAUGGUGCAGCGGAGGAGGCGCUCUUCAUCUUCUUUGAUGGAAAUAUCGGUCGUUUCACCUUUACUGUUAAAUGAAAAUAUUAACCUUGAAU